CUAAAACCCUAAACCCUUUCCCGGAGGGUUUCAAAUUCCGUCCAUAACGUACAGAAGAGCCCUCCUCCUCUGUCGUCCGUCACAUCCUCCGAUGGCCGCAGCCUCGAUGGUUUUCACGGACUCCUCCUCCACCGCCGCCGCCGCUCGCCUCGUCAAACAAACCACCCCUCUCCUCCUCCUCCGCACCACCCAAAACGCUGUCGUUUCCCCCCGCCGCCUCUUCUACCCCAACACCGCUCCCAGAAGCCUCUCAGUCCGCUCCUCCUCUUCUUCUCCCUCCCAAUUCUCCACCGCUUCUGUUGUUAAUGAGAGGCUUGAUAAAUCUGGUACGAAGCUCGAGAUAGUGAAUAAGAGGCUUGAUGGGAAGAAGGUGGCGGAGAAGAUUAGAGGGGAGAUAGCUGAGGAAGUGUUGAGGAUGAAGGAUGCAAUUGGGGUUGUUCCGGGGUUGGCGGUUAUUUUGGUUGGAGAUAGGGAGGAGUCGGCUACUUAUGUUAGUAAGAAGAAGGAGGCUUGUGAGGUUGUGGGGAUUACUUCUUUUGAAGUGCAUUUGCCGGAGGACGCCAUGGAACAACAAGUGCUGGAUGCCAUCUCCGGGUUCAAUGAGGAUCCAUCAGUUCAUGGGAUUCUUGUUCAGCUACCUUUGCCUAGGCAUAUGGAUGAACAGAACAUCUUAAAUGCUGUUAGGAUUGAGAAAGAUGUGGAUGGAUUUCACCCGCUAAAUAUUGGCUGUCUUGCCAUGCGUGGUAGGGAACCAUUCUUUGUUCCCUGUACUCCCAAAGGCUGCAUAGAGUUGUUGCAUAGAUAUGACAUCCCUAUCAAAGGAAAGAGAGCUGUUGUAAUUGGGCGGAGCAAUAUUGUUGGGAUGCCAGUUGCUCUGUUGCUGCAGAGGGAAGAUGCUACAGUCAGUAUAGUCCAUUCCCGAACGAAGAAUCCUGAGGAGUUAACGAAACAAGCAGAUAUUGUAAUCGCAGCUGUAGGGCAAGCAAAUAUGGUGAGGGGUAGCUGGAUUAAACCUGGUGCAGUAGUUAUCGAUGUUGGAAUCAAUCCAGUUGAGGAUAAUACAAAACGUUCUGGAUUUCGGCUAGUCGGAGAUGUCUGUUAUAAGGAGGCCAAAGAACUUGCUUCAGCAAUUACUCCAGUGCCAGGAGGAGUUGGUCCAAUGACUAUAGUAAUGCUUCUCACAAAUACACUCAUAUCAGCAAAAAGGAUACACAACUUCCAGUAAGAUUUCAGAGUUACUCCGGCAAUGCUUUUAGUGCAGGAACAGUUUGUUAUGUUCCAUCAGUAACACUGAAGCCGAGAGAUCUUCUCGAGUUUUUCAGAGUUCAAAGUUUCCUUUCUGGUAGCGACUGUAUCUAUCUUGGUCGUACUGUUCUAAUGUACAAUGUAUUUACAGCGGGAGAAUUAUGUAGCAGAUAUCAUAUUUCUCUGACAUUUUAUUUAUUUUGAUACAAGGUCCUGGGCAUCUCUCUCUUGAAUGCCUGAUUAUAAAACGUGCAGCCGUCUUACCUGGAGUAAAAUAUCGAG